AUGGCCGAAUCACAAUCACCCAGCUCAUUCGAGAAGCUCAAGGCAUACCCUUUCACCUCCGAUCCAGAGUUCGCGAAUGGCCUCGCAAUCAUCCUGGGCCACGCCGGCACGCCAGCCUCGGAGAUGGAGAUGAGCCGAGACGAUGAUCUCGUCUUGCAGGCCAAAUGCUUCUUUUUCUCGCGAAAGGAAAAGAUCACGCCUCCCAUCGAUUUCACAGCCUACAAAGCUUGGUUAGCUGCGGAAUCGUCUAAGUCGAACCCCGCGACAGCUGUACCGGAACAAUCAAACGAAUCCUCUACAGAAACUGCUUCUGUUGCGACUACUGAAUCAUCGGCCCUCCCAGAGCCUGCCUAUCCAACCUCGUUUGCACAUAUCGUGGAACUCAUCACGACCGGUAAACCAGUUCCCGGCAUACAGCAGAUCCCGGACACAGUCUUGGAGGGGCAUGACAUCUCAAGUGAAAGGCCGCGCCGAAGGAAGCCUUGGGAGAAGGAUGUCGAAGAAACGACAUCCCUUCAGGGUGAAAUGGCCAGCAACGCUGCUUGA